CAGCCCUUUCCACCCGCCCUUUCCACCCGCCACCACCAUGCUCCCCCUCUCCUUCCUCCCUGCCCUCCUCGCCCUCGCCCCCCUCGCACGGGCGCAGGUGACUGCCACCUACCCCAACGGCGCCACGAACCCCGACACCCCCGAGUUCGCCCCCAUCGGCUCCUAUGUCAACCAGAGCUCCGAGUCGCGCCUCAUCUCCCUCAACGGCGUCGACGACUUUUGUCUCUGGGGUCCCCGCAAUAUCUCGGCGGUGAGCACUAAUCUGAUAGGGAAUAUCGAGCCGGAAGUGGUAGCGUACUGUUCCAAGCCGAGGAAUAACGCCAGGAUCAUCCCAGACGGGGUUGUUACUGCUGCCCACUUUGUCAAGACCGCGCUGUACGUCCAGAUCUGGGGCUUCUGGGACGCGACCAGGAUCGGUAUUCCGGACGGCGACUCUGGCGGUGAACUAGACCCCCAUGGCGCUGAAAACCUCGGAAACCCAAUUGGCGGCAACGCCACUUCCAACGUCGAUGGAACCGACGUGUUUUACGAGGAAUGGAUGAGCUUUAUCUCGUACGACCAGUUCUGUCUCCGUAUCUGUACAGCCGAAACUUCAAACGUGACUGCCGCAUUGCAGUGCGAGCAUGAACUUGACAUCAUGGGUUGUGCGUUUGUCAUGGCUAUCGACGACUUUUACAACACCAACAACUCUUUCACAUCCUGCGACGGUGAACCUGCCGCCCCACCCGGUCUCUACCCCCAGGCCAACGGAUCGACCUCGACUUUCCGACAGCGAUACACCGGUACUUGGUCCAACGCCGAAACGACCGACAUGUUUACUGUAGGACAAACAGUUACGCCCAGUAGUGUUGCUUUCUACCCGGCGACAUCCAACUGCUAUACCUACUCUACCAUCUCUAACGGCAUCGACACGGCCAACUGGCAAGUAACGGCCACCCCUUCCACCCUCUCCGGUGGCUCCACCGUCGCCGUCGCCUCUGUCGGCACCACCUCCCAGUCCCCUCCUCCCGGUAUCUCCACCUCUUCCCCAACUUCUUCUUCUUCUUCUUCCGGCUCUUCUGGCUCAUCCGCCGGCAGCUCUUCCAGCUCCAACACGGGCAGCGCGUCAACCGGUGCAACAGCCGUCGAUUCUUCCGGCUCGUCCUCUGCCGCAACCAAGGCUUCCACCGUCCACGGACAAGGAAUCGUCGUCAUGGGUGUUGCAGCUGUCGGAAUGCUGUUUGGUGCUGCCGUCUUGCUUUAAAUUUGAAGAAAAAGAAAAGACCUUUUGACAAGCCCAAGCCAACUACCUCCCCGACUUUCCUAGUCGAAUCUAUCCCGCGUUCAGCCAAGCGUAGCAUUUCUCUCGCAUCUAAACCCCAGAAACUUUCGAACCAUUUAAAAUAAAUCAAUACUUGAUGUACAUAGCUAAUCAUGUCUUUUUCGAGCCCCGGAUGAUUUCUGAACGUGUCGUCUUCUUUUAUGAAUUUCUCAU